CGUGAGCGCGUGUCUUUCUCCCUUUCGUUUCGAUCCGCGUCUGUGAACUCUGAACUCUGAACUCACACACCUCUUCGAUUUGCGAAAAUGGCAGAACCAGAACCACAAACACGAAGAACCUCAUCACCAUCAUCAUCUUCAACCAUUCUGGACCAUUUGGGCGAGGAACUUGUUCGAAUCAUCGCCCCAGUUUCAAUCUGCAUGUUCCUCGUCGUCAUCCUGGUCUCGAUUCUCAACACUGGCUCUUCCUUCGAACGACCCACCUCCAUAGCCACCAUAGCAUACGACGAGUCGACCAUCGACUCCUCGUGGGACAAAUUCCUCGGCGCCCUUCUCAACUCCCUAGCUUUCGUCGCUAUGGUCACCUUCGCAACCUUCAUCCUCGUCCUCCUCUUCUAUUUCAGGUGCACGCGGUUUCUCAAGCUCUACAUGGCCUUCUCAUCUUUCGUCGUGCUCGCGUUCCUCGGCGGCGCGGUGUCGCUGUUCUUGAUCCAGCACUUUGGUACCCCUAUUGAUUGCGUGACGUUCUUUCUGGUUUUGUGUAAUUUCGCUGUGGUGGGGGUUAUGGCGGUGUUCAUGUCGAAAUUUGCGAUUGUAGUGACGCAGGGGUACUUGGUUGUUAUUGGGAUUCUGGUUGCUUACUGGUUUACCAUGUUGCCUGAGUGGACUACAUGGGCUAUGCUUGUUGCUAUGGCGUUGUAUGACCUUGCUGCUGUUCUUUUGCCUGUUGGGCCGCUGAGGAUUUUGGUCGAGCUUGCUAUAACAAGGGAUGAAGAGAUUCCAGCUUUGGUUUAUGAGGCUAGGCCAGUGAACCAUGAUAAUGUGGAUCCUAGGGAGGUUGUAGCUCAGAGAAGGAUGUGGAGAGAUAGGAGGAUUCAGAAUUCGGAUGGUCGUGGUCUCAGUGCUGAACAAUCACACUUUAAUUCGGAUGCAAGUACUGUUCUUAAUUCAAAUUCGAACAGCAAUGUUCCGGUUGGCACGAGUUUAGAUAGGGAGAAUGGUUCAAACUUGAACACUAAUAGUAAUAGUACUACUUAUGGUAACUCUAGUGAUAGAAAUUUGGUAAGAGCUGAAGAGGGGCGGUUACCGAUUCGAGAGACUAAUUCAGAACUCUCUACGCCCUUGAUUGGUAAUGCUGCGAAUGUCCAGCUCCGUAGAGCAGAAGAUGAGCUGGAUGAAAGUUUGAUGCUGGAGGGAAUUGGAUUAGGUUCAUCUGGAGCAAUCAAGUUGGGGCUUGGUGAUUUUAUCUUCUAUAGUGUUUUGGUUGGCAGGGCGGCAAUGUAUGAUUUUAUGACGGUGUAUGCAUGUUAUCUUGCUAUCAUUGCUGGUCUGGGCAUUACUCUCAUGCUUUUGGCUUUGUAUCAGAAAGCUUUGCCUGCUCUUCCUGUGUCAGUAGCUCUGGGUGUGUUGUUUUAUUUCCUGACCAGGCUCUUACUUGAAGUAUUUGUAGUACAAUGUUCCUUAAAUCUCCUGAUGUUUUAAUGUUGUAAAUAUACUGCUUGGGUUUGGUGCUUAGCUAUAAAGCAUAUUACAUGACUCUGCAGCUAAGAGUCUGGGCUUACUAUGCCAUCUUUAGUUGUAACUUGUAAGCUUUUCAAGAACUGUAUCCUUUAUUUCUAUUUUAUAGCACUUCACUUUUGAUGCCUUC